AUGAUGAAUAUUGAAACUUUCUUGGAAAUAUUUGAGUAUCUCGAUGGAUAUGAUCUGUAUUAUAUAUUCGCCAAACUCAAUACGCGUUUUCAUAAUCUUUUCUAUGAUAGAAAUCUGUUAUUAAAAAUUCAACUUCGUACAGGAUCGCAUGUUUUUAUGAAUUCUUACUUCAAUUAUCUCCUGUAUCCAAAUCAUGAUCGACUUCUUUCUCUUAAAAUUCCCGAUGUCGAGCCGAGUGAUUUACUUCUUCGAGCAAUUUAUUCUGGCAUCUUCUUUAACCGUCUCGAAUCACUGAUGAUUUGCAAUAUUCCUACAGAUACACAAACGCAUAUUUUGCGUAUACUAGCAAGUCUACCUCGACUCUUUUCUUUAACUAUUCAUAAUGACAUAUACAAGAACUGCAAAGAACUGUUUCAUUAUAUAUAUUAUUUGCCAACAUUGAAAUCGCUUAAGAUCUCUGUUCAGGGACGCCGUCAUUUGUUAACUCUGUUUUUGGAUACAUCUAUCAGUACAAUCCAGCAUUUGAUACUACCUCAAUAUUUACUAUGUAAUUUUCGAAUGCUGAUAUCAUUGGCACCGCAACUCAAGCAAUUGGUAUGCAACGAGCUGAUACCAUCACACUGGGAUCCGUCUAUGGGUCCUUGCCAUCUGACACACCUGUCGAUUAAUAUAUGUGAUAUGAAUUUCGAUCGCUUCCAAACGUUUAUUGAAUCAAUGGGCUCUCAACUUCAAGUUCUACGCCUGAAAAACGUUUCUCAUUUCGAUUUCAUAGAUGCUAAUCGAUGGGAACAAUUAAUAGUCAAUUUUGUAUCUGGCUUGCGUAUUUUAAAUGUUAAAUACGAAACAUUAGCUGCUGGUCAAUUGGACACUGAAGAACAUGUCGCGUUGGUUGACUCAUUUACUUCAACGUUUUGGUCUGAAAGACAUUGGACGAUUUAUGUUGAAACUAGAUUUGAAAACGUUAGAAAAAUGCGUUCUUCAAUUAUUUAUUCAAUCGGUUCUUCGAAAGAGAAUGGUUCGACUGUUUGA